AGCUUGGACCAUGAGUUCGAACCCUAGCUCUAGCGGCGGAGGCGGCGGCGCGGGGAGCAGCACCGGCGGGACCGGGAGCGGGGCCGUUGGGCCAUGCGGCGCGUGCAAGUUCCUCCGGAGGAAGUGCGUGCCCGGGUGCAUAUUCGCGCCCUACUUCGACUCGGACCAAGGGGCCGCCCAUUUCGCGGCGGUGCACAAGGUGUUCGGCGCGAGCAACGUGUCCAAGCUCCUCCACCACGUCCCCGUCCACAAGCGGCUCGACGCGGUGGUCACGGUUUGCUACGAGGCGCAGGCCCGCCUCCGAGACCCCGUCUACGGCUGCGUCGCCCACAUCUUCGCCCUCCAGCAGCAGGUGCUUAGCCUGCAAGCCGAGCUCUCUUACUUACAUACCCACCUGACGACAUUGGAGCUCCCGACGCCUCUACCACCUCUGCCAGCGCCACCCCCCGUCAUGGUGCCGCCGCCUCUCUCGAUAACUGAUCUCCCGUCGGCCUCGUCAAUCCCUGCGACUUAUGAUCUGUCCUCGCUUUUCGAUCCGAUGGUGCAAGCGGCGUGGAUGGUGCCGCAACGGCAGAUCGAUCCCAGUCAAUUUGAAGGCGGUGGCAGUAGCGGCAGCUCCUCAUCGGCUGCCGGCGGUGGCGAUCUUAAUGCCCUGGCCCGGGAAUUGCUGCGACGGCAAGGAUCUCCGCAUCCUGGCUGCGUAGAUGUGAAGCCAUCGCCAUCGUCCCUCUCGAAACGAGACUGACAACCCUGAUCUAUGCUAGUACUUGCCCCGGGAUACAGUUCGACAAUACAUUUUCUUGUUAUACUUAGAGGCAAGUAACAGUAACUAAUUAAUCUUCGUAGCCUGGUUCUAUUUUGCUUAUCCUCUUCUAAAGUGAAAAAACUAGCGCAAUUGAACGCUAGAUUAUACCUGUAUUGAGCUUCAAUUUGAAAAUGUCUAGCAAUUAAACUUGUAAUUUUCAAAAUAUUUUGAUCAUGAGCUCAUUGACAUGAUGUCGUGAAUAGUCCUAUUACAGAAAUGCUUGGACUUAU